GUGUUCUUCUCUUGUCUCCUCUCCUCUCCCUUCCUCCUCACCGGCGAGAGGGAAAUCAAACCCUAGCGCCCCCGUCGUCUCCGCCGGCGACUCCGCGGGAUCUCCGUCGAGGGCCCCCGCGGAUAGAGCGAUUCCUCCCGCGAGACCUAAGCUCCUUCGAUUAGGGAUUUCCGCGGGCGAGGCGGGUGGUGGCGGUGGGCGAUUUGGGGGGUGGAGGUGGAGGUGGAGGGGAAGGGGAUGGGGUCGUCGUCGAAGGUGGUGCGGCCGGAGGACGUGCUGGAGUCGCUGAAGAACGACGGCAGCAUCGACGCGCUCCGCAUGAAGAUCAUCGCCCAGCUCAAGGCCAACGAGGAUAUGAAGAAAAACACUAUGAUGAUGGUGGAGCAAAGCAAGGUACUGAAUACUCCUGGAGCUGAAAAAAAGACCAAGAGGGAGUUGUUUGAUGCACUUCGACAAGAACUUGAGACUCCAGUCCUUGAGAAAGCUUCGAAGGCAGUUUGGGAGCUGAUACUUGACAAUGGCGGAUUAGGGAAAGAGAUAACCGAAACAGUUGAGAAAGUCUUCUGCCGACUCAGUGGGAUUGACAUGAUGCCGCCGCCUCCACCGUCAGCAGCUGGUGCUCAUCAAGAGAAAGAUGACAUGGCUAUUGAUGAGGGUGAGAAGAGCAAGGAGAUGGAUUCGUUCGAACCAUCCUCAUCGAGGAAGAGACCCUUCAGCGACGUCAACCGAAAAGGAGCAGGUGCUGUACCAAAUGGCAGUGCUACAGACCAGCAUGAUGAGUCUGAUGAUAGCGACCAGAAGAUGUGAUGCUGGUCUGUGCUGUAACUUUUAGUUCGUAGAGGAUGAACUAGCUUUUGUGCUUGAAUGGUAAGAAGUUGAACCGGAUCCUGCAUAUUGAUGUAGUUUACAAUCUAGGGUUGUAUGUUAUACUGGCAAGUUAUACUUCCUGUUCAUACCAGUAAGUUCUGUAAGCAGCUGCUGUAUAAUGUUUCAGUUUUCAAGAAAGUGGAUGUUCCUGUGUUUCAUUCUUCUGAAAUCUGAAUGUAGAACAAAUUGGUUGAUUAGUUCCUCCUGAAAGCUUUGUGGUA